AUGGCCCAAGGGCUGGAGGUGGCCCUCACAGACCUCCAGAGCUACCAGAACAAUAUGCGGCACCACACAGAGGAGAUCAGCAUUGACCAGCUUAUUGUUCGCCGGGGCCAGGCCUUCAACAUCACCCUGUACUUUAGGAACCGGGGCUUCCAGCCAGGCCUGGACAACAUCAUCUUCGUGACUGAGACUGGACCCCUGCCAGAGCUAGCUAAAGGGACUCGGGCAGUAUUCAGCCUGGCAAGCCGUGGUGGCCCCAGCCCCUGGAUCGCCUCUCUGGAGACCAAUGGGGCCACAUCCCUAGAAGUGAGCCUGUGUCCCCCACCCAUGGCAGCUGUGGGUCGGUACCUACUGAAAGUUCGUAUCGAAUCCUUCCAAGGGCCUGUCACAGCCUAUCAGCUUGGAGAGUUCAUCCUGCUCUUUAAUCCCUGGUGUACAGGGGACGCUGUUUACCUGGACAGUGAGCCCCAAAGGCAGGAGUAUGUUAUGAAUGAUUAUGGCUUCAUCUACCAAGGGAACAAGAACUGGAUCCGCCCGUGCCCCUGGAACUAUGGACAGUUUGAAGAAAAUAUCAUACACAUCUGCCUGAAACUUCUAGACAAGAGCCUGAACUUCCAGAUCGACUCCGCCAUAGACUGUGCCCUGCGUGGAAGCCCUGUCUACAUCAGCAGAGUGGUGUGUGCCAUGAUUAAUAGCAAUGAUGACAAUGGGGUGCUCAAUGGAAACUGGAGUGAGAAUUACACAGAUGGUGUCAACCCUGCAGAGUGGACUGGCAGUGUAGCCAUCCUGAAGCAGUGGCAUGCCACAGGCUGCCAGCCAGUGCGCUAUGGACAGUGCUGGGUCUUUGCAGCAGUCAUGUGCACAGUGAUGAGGUGCCUGGGGAUCCCCACUCGUGUGGUUACCAACUUUGACUCCGGUCACGAUACAGAUGGAAACCUGAUCAUAGAUGAAUACUAUGACAACACGGGCAGGAUUUUGGAGAAUAAGAAGAAGGAUACCGUCUGGAAUUUCCAUGUCUGGAAUGAGUGCUGGAUGGCCCGAAAGGAUCUCCCUCCUGGAUAUGGAGGCUGGCAGGUGCUGGAUGCCACACCUCAAGAGACCAGCAAUGGUCUCUACUGCUGUGGUCCCGCCUCUGUUAGGGCCAUCAAAGAAGGAGAAGUGGAUCUGAACUAUGAUACUCCCUUUGCAUUUUCUAUGGUGAAUGCUGACUGCACAUCCUGGCUUGUCUCUGGUGGGAAGGAGCAGAAAAUACACCAGGACACAAAUUCCGUUGGCAAUUUUAUCAGCACUAAGAGCAUCCAGAGUGAUGAGCGGGAUGACAUCACAGAGAACUAUAAGUAUGGAGAAGGUUCUCCUCAAGAGAGGCAGGUGUUUCUGAAGGCUCUACAGAAACUGAAGAAUGGAAGGUUCCAAGGCCCCCAUCGAACAGACUCAGAACCCUCCAGGCCCAUGCCACCAAACCAGGACAGCCCUCACAGCCCGGAUACACCUUUCCUUCGACCUAGUGAUGUUGUUCAGGUCUCCCUGAAAUUCAAGCUACUAGACUCUCCCAACAUGGGCCAGGACAUAAAUUUUGUCCUGCUGGCACUCAAUAUGUCAUCCCAGUUCAAGGAUCUCAAACUGAACCUGAGUGCCCAGUCCCUGCUUCAUGAUGGCAGCCCACUGUCCCCAUUCUGGCAGGACAUGGCAUUUAUCACAUUGUCUCCCAAAGAAGCAAAGAGCUACCCCUGCAAAAUCCUCUAUUCCCAGUACAGCCAGUACCUGUCAACAGACAAGCUAAUCCGCCUCAGUGCCCUGGGUGAAGAAAAGAGCAGUCCUGAGAAAAUCCUGGCAAACAAGAUCAUCACCUUGACUUACCCAGGCAUCAUGAUUAAUGUGCUAGGAGAAGCCAUUAUGAACCAGCCACUUACUAUUCAGGUCAUAUUUUCAAAUCCCCUCUCAGAACAAGUGGAAGAUUGUGUCCUGACCUUGGAAGGAAGUGGCCUCUUUAAGAAGCAGCAAAGGGUCCUCAUUGGAGUCCUCAAACCCCGAUACAAAGUCACUGUCUCUCUGAAGACUGUCCCCUUCAAGAGUGGCCAGAGGCAGAUCCAAGCUAAUCUGAGAAGCAACAAGUUUAAGGACAUCAAGGGUUACAGGAAUGUGUAUGUAGACUUUGGGUUAUAAAUCCUGGGAUGGGGAGCUGGACGUGUGGAUUUUAAACUUCAGGGAAAGGAGCAAAUUUAAAUGCAAGCUGUACCUUUCCCCAACAUCAAAGGCUCCCAAGGCACUGAUGUGAGCAAUAGGGGAGAUGUCAAUGAUGGCUAGUUCGUUGGCCAUUGGUACAGCUGCCCAGGACUCCAUUCAAGACCUAGUGAUUCCAUGGUUUCCCAUACAGAAGUGUGACAGAUGUCAGAGGGUACCAGUGGGACAUGGCCAUGAUUUACUGCUCCUCAUAUGUCAAGGAAAGAAGACUCACUGAGCAGAUUCCUGUUGUCCUGUCGUUGCAAUGGCUAAUUUCUCAUAUCAAUAAACAAUCCUUGCUCUCA